AUGCCUCACCGCACCUUCCUUUGCCGCCUAAUAUUCUGCGCCGUCUUCUCAGUCUCUAUCAUUAACGUCUUCAACGGAGCCUCCUCGCCCUCAUUUUUCCUCCGCUACUCCAGGCCAGCGGCGUCCCUUCAGCACGAUGUGGUAUGUCCGCAGUCAGAACUGGCCGACGAUGUGCUGGUGGUGCUGCGGACCGGGGCUACCGAGUCGCGCCAGAAGGUGCCGGUCCACUUCAAAACGACUCUGCGAUGUGUCCCCCACUUUAUUAUCUUAUCGGAUCUGGAUGAGGAAAUCGAAGGUCAUGCUGUGCAUGAUGUUUUGGGAGGUCAUGGAGGUGUCACGGAGAAGAACAGGAACGAGCACGACGACUUCAAGUUGUACCAUCAAUUGCAAAAGCAUGGAAGGCAAAAUGUCGACAGCCAGCGAAUCAUCAUGGCCGAGUCGGGCUCCAGUAAGGGCGACUACUUGAACACUGGCAACGAAGGCUGGAAACUCGACAAGUGGAAGUUUCUCCCCAUGAUUGACCGAUCUUACGAGGAGAUGCCCAACGCGAAGUGGUAUGUCUUCUUCGAAGCCGACACCUUCCUCGGCUGGAACAACCUGCUGGAGUACCUCGCCAACUUCGACGCGAGCAAGCCGUACUACAUCGGCAAGCACCUCUACAUCAACGACAUCGAAUUUGGGUACGGUGGCGCAGGCUUCGUCCUGUCCAACCCAGCCAUGCGCAAAGUCAUCGAGCAGCGCUCCAUGCGCUUCCGCGACUACGAAGACUUCACCGCGACGCACUGGGUCGGCGACUGCGCCCUCGGAAAAGUCCUCGAAGACGCAAAAGUCCCUCUGCACCGCGCGUUCCCUCACUUCCAAGGCGACUCACCUGCGACGCUGGACCCCGCUACCAAUAAAAUCGACCGCAACGCCUGGUGCUUCCCCGUCAUCACGUACCACCACGUCUCACCGUCCGAGAUCUCGGACCUAUGGCACUUCGAGCAGGAAUGGUACAAGAGACACGAUAUCUUACUUCGCCACCGCGAUGUCUUCCGUGAGCUCGUGCGCCGCAGAGUCGGCGCGCAGGUCGCAGGUUGGGAUAACUUGUCGAGUGACAAAGAGUACAACGCGCACGACCACGGCAGCUUGUCCGACCCGCUCGAGAGCAAUGCCUGGAAGAGCUUCAAGCACUGCCACGCCGUGUGCGAGAGCAAGAAAGACUGCAUGCAAUUUUCCUACGAGCCGGGCAGCUGCUCGAUCAACUUUUCUUUUCGUCUGGGUUAUUCCAAGCCAACGGAGCGGGUCACGUCCGGUUGGAUGACGGACCGCGUGGACGACCUCUUCGUUGGUCUCGAAGCCAAGUGCGGAAUAAGGGAUUGGUUCAGCCCGGCUGAGGGGUCGCACAUACAUGACCAGCAGCGGCGCAGAAGAUAA